UGUCUAACGGUCACUUACUCCCACUCCUCUGGUCUAACCGCUCACCAUUGGAUUGCUCUGAGGAAAUUACCUGCAUAAAGAAUAUUUCAAAAGGGAAGUAACAAUCUGGAAGGGUUUUGGAGGCCUCAGGUUUGACAGAUUGCUCAUUACACAUGAACAGAACGUCUUUGAAUCAAAACUGGUGACAGCUAGACAGCUAAUCUAAUUUUUUUAUUCAGUGGACCAGCAACCAGUAGGACCAAGUUAACCAGGUAGCAGUUCAAGACGAGAGAGUGCUCACACACACUACACCAUGGCCCAAUAUGACCAACUGGAAGAUAAACAUUCUGUGGAUAUCCAUGAUAACCCCAUGACCCCUGACAAUAUUGUAAAAGAGGAAGACAAUACUGUAUACUUUAUUUAUGAGGAGGAGGUGGAAGUAGAAGAAAAGGAGCCAGAGCCUGAACCCGUUGUUAUCUUGGUGAAUGACAAACCCCACAAGUUCAAGGACCACUACUGCAAGACCCCCAAGUUCUGUGACGUCUGUGCCCGUAUGAUAGUCCUCAACAACAAGUUUGCUUUACGGUGCAAAAACUGCAAGACCAACAUCCACCACGCUUGCCAGUCUUACGUUGAGUACCAGAAGUGUUUUGGCAAAAUUCCCCCAGGUUUCAGACGUGCCUACAGCUCCCCUCUGUACAGCAGUGACCAGUCAGAUGCAGCCCACUCCAACCGCAAUGACCCCGUGUUUGACACGCUACGGGUUGGGGUUGUCAUGGCGAACAAGGAGCGCAAGAAGGGGUCUGAAGACAAAAAGAACAUGAUGAUGAUGAUGAUGGAGGAAGAGGAAUCCCAACAACCCAAAGAAGACGAACAGACCGAAGGAAAGCCAGAGGGUGAUAAGAAGGGAGACAAAGCUGACAAAACAGAUGACAAGAAAAAAAAGGAGAUGGGAAACAUGGGAAAUCAAUCCCAUUACUACCUGGCCCUCUACCGCUUCAAGGCCAUUGAGAAAGACGACCUUGACUUCCACCCUGGUGAUCGAAUCACUAUAAUUGAUGAUGCCAAUGAGGAAUGGUGGAGGGGGAAGAUUGGGGAGAAGACAGGUUAUCUCCCCACCAACUAUAUAAUUAGGAUAAAAACGGGAGAGAGGGUGUUUAAGGUGACACGCUCAGUGGUGGGAAACCGGGAGAUGGGACAGAUCACACUGAAGAAAGACCAGAUCGUGGUGAAGAAGGGAGAGGAGGUGAAUGGCUACCUGAAGGUCAGCACUGGCCGUAAGCUGGGCUUCUUCCCGGCCGACCUGCUCCAGGAGAUCUGAACCUGAUCCGAUUGUGACCACCACUGGAUUGGAGUCACAAACCGUCACCAGGACCGUGGCCACACACCAAACCCACCCUGAACACACAUUAUUUAGAGUUUGAGUGUUUACCUUACACUACCAAUCUAGCCCCUUGAUUAUUUUCCAACUUCAGGGGCCUGGGGUUGAUCUUGGGAUUAUGUCAGCUGUUUGAGGGCUGUGAGGCUCAGCGAUGGGAAGGGUGCUGAGUGUAACCUAAUACGGCAGCCUUUCCACCCGGUUGAACCGGCUCAGCUGACCAGGCAAUCCAGGCUGGAAGGAGACGUGUGACGCAAGACACAUAGUGUGGUUGACAAUUAAAGAGUUAACAUGUUUGUGUCCUUUAAAUGUGAUCAACUAGGUGAACCUGAAAAUAGGUAUUCAGCCACUUUUCAAAAAGCAAAAAAACUGUGUAUCUACCAGGAAGUGUUAUGCAUUCUAAUGAAUGUAUCUUUUGGAGACUUUGAUUGUAGUAGUUCCUUGGUUUUAUAUGCUGCUAAAAUACUAGUUUUUCAAAUCCCCUUAGAUUGAAAUGUUAAAGCGCAUGUAGUCAGGUUUUUUAGAGGUCUGUGUUUUUUUAAUAACUACCAAAACAGAGUGCUGUGUAUUUGUUGUUUAAAUUUAAAAGCUUGGCUCCCAUUCAAAACAACAUGCUUUUGCCAAAGAGAUGUUGGCAUAGAGUUAAUGACAGAUUCUUACAUGACUAGUAUUGCGUAAUUAAUUAUCUAUUGACAUGCUAAGUCUUAUUCCAUGUAUCAUUUUUCUUUAUUCUUUCAAAAUCUGAAUAAUAUCUUAUCGCUGUGGAACCAUUUAAUCAAUUUCAAUUAGGAUAACAUUUGGAUAAAUAAAAUCCUCUAUUUUUGUAUCAGAAUUUUGCAUUCAUAGACUGUUUAAUAUGAUUCAGUAUUUUAUGCCUAACCUUAACAGCGAAUAGUUUUGGUUCGUCAGUAACUGGUAAUUUACAGUACUCAAGCCUUAUCUCCUAAGAUUUAUGCGAUCUGAAGAGAAACCAGAGUGAACUGCUGAUUUAGGGAAACAUUUCUGACCGACUUGAACUCCGUACAAGAUGUUUUACAAAACAUUAUCACUUAACCUUAAAAAUGAACAGACCACAGUUUCAGUGAUAAAUAAAAAUAAUUCCACAUU